CUCGUCGCCGCUCUGUUUCGGAUGCACGUCUCUUUGGACCGAGAGCGACAUUUUGAUCAGCCGAAAGCAGACUAGCGGCGUCAACUGACCGGGAAUCGACAUGUCAGACCAAGUUCCCCCAGAGGUGAGACCCAAACCGGCCGUCCCCGCCAAGCCCCCAAAUGUGGGUGCUCCUUCCCCUUCCAGCGCCUUCCCGCCCCAGGGCUUCGGAGGAGGAGGAGCUUCAUCUCUGCCUCCGAGUGCCAUUCCGGUCCCCAUCGGGAGUCACGUUGCCAGCCACGGCGCGGGCCACGUCGGUGGUCUCGCCGCAGCACACAACGGAGGUCAUGCAGGCUCCCACAGGUCCGCCGGUGGAUCCAUUUUGCUGGGCUAUAUUGGUAUCGACACCAUCAUCGAGCAGAUGAGGAAGAAGACCAUGAAGACGGGCUUUGACUUCAACAUCAUGGUAGUCGGUAACAGCGGCCUCGGAAAGUCAACUCUGGUAAACACCCUGUUCAAGUCCCAGGUGAGCCGGAGGAGUGCAGGGUGGGCCCGCGAUGACAAGAUCCCCAAAACUGUCGAGAUCAAAGCCGUGUCCCACGUCCUCGAGGAGGGCGGUGUGAAGAUGAAGCUGACAGUCGUGGACACCCCGGGCUUUGGAGACCUAAUCAACAACGACAACUGCUGGGAUCCCAUUUCCAAGUACAUCAACGAGCAGUACGAGAAGUUCCUGAAGGAGGAGGUCAACAUCACCAGGAAGAAGCGCAUCCCCGACACCAGGGUGCACUGCUGCAUAUAUUUCAUCUCCCCGACUGGACACUCACUUCGGUCGCUCGACAUCGAGUUCAUGAAGCGCUUGAGUCACUCGGUCAACAUUAUUCCCAUCAUCGCGAAGUCGGACACGAUGACCAUCGAGGAGAGGCUGGAGUUCAAACAAAGGGUAAGGAAGGAGCUGGAGAUGGCUGGGAUUGAGUUCUACCCACAGAAGGAGUUCGAUGAGGACAUGGAGGACAAGAGCGACAAUGACAAGAUCAGAGAGGCGAUACCCUUCGCUGUGGUGGGCAGCGACAAAGAAUAUCAAGUGAACGGCAAACGGGUUCUGGGGAGGAAAACGGCGUGGGGCAUCGUAGAAGUUGAAAACCCAAACCAUUGUGAGUUUGCUCUGCUGAGAGACUUCCUGAUCAGGUCUCACCUCCAGGAUUUGAAGGAGGUCACUCACAACAUUCACUAUGAAACCUAUCGUGCCAAGAGACUGAACGAGAACGGCGGUCUCCACCCCAUAUCCUCCAACGGCACCCAAGAAAGCAACCUGUAG